GCCGGCUCCAGGCUGGGCUCGGACCGGGAAAGUACGUGUUGGAGGAGAGAGGAGCCGCGGGUGGAGCGGGGACACGCCGCCCUGCCACGCGUCCGUGGGGGUCAGGAACGCAGCAUCUUUUCAGCAGUGCUGCUUUGCAAACGAGGAGCCAGCCCCCGGCAGGGGUAGGGUCUCAGCACCGGCUUUGUUUGCUCGGCGGUGGGAAAGGAAGCCCCCGGCACCCCCCCGGCUCACCUGCCAGCCUCUCCACUAACAGAGGACGAGAGGGAGAAGGUGGAUAAGGGGAGGCGGCUUCUCUGAGCUGAGCUCCGAGGGACAACAGCAGCAGGAUUUCAUUAGUCUGCCUCUUAAGGCAGUGAAGUCUCCAUCCCCUCCCACACCCUCCCCAGUCCGACCCCGUCUGGUGCAGGGCUGGUGGGACCUCAGCCUUCAUCUGGAGCUUCCCCAAAAGCCCCAUGAAUCCUUACAUCAACUGCUCCGGCCCAGAGUUCCCCCUGCCCCAGCAAGACUUUCUUGUGGAGCCCAUCAGCCCUGACCUCUGCAACAGAACUCACCCAGAGACCUUCUUCGACCCCAAGGAUGCCAACCUGACAGAGGAGCAGCUGCGGGAUAAGUACCUGGGACCUCGACGGUCCAACUUCUUUGUCCCUGUCUGUGUCAUCUACCUGCUGAUCUUCGUGGUGGGGGCUGUGGGCAACACGCUCACCUGCAUCGUCAUCCUCCGGCACCGGUUCAUGAGGACGCCCACCAACUACUACCUGUUCAGCCUGGCUGUGUCCGACCUGCUGGUGCUGCUGCUGGGGAUGCCGCUGGAGCUGUACGACAUGUGGAGCAACUACCCCUUCCUGCUGGGCGCCAGCGGCUGCUAUUUCAAAACACUGCUCUUCGAGGCCGUCUGCUUUGCCUCCAUCCUCAAUGUCACAGCCCUGAGCGUGGAACGCUACAUCGCCGUGGUGCACCCGCUCAAGGCCAAGUACGUGGUGACCAGGAACCAUGCCAAGAGGGUCAUCGUCACCAUCUGGUUCUUGUCGGUUGUCUGCUCCAUCCCCAACACCAGCCUCCAUGGGCUGCAGCCUCUCUAUGUGCCCGGCCGAGGGUGGGUGCCUGAUUCAGAGAUCUGCACCCUGGUGAAGCCACGCUUGACCUACAACCUCAUCAUCCAGAUCACCACUGUCAUCUUCUUCUUCCUGCCCAUGGGGACCAUCAGCAUCCUCUACCUGCUCAUCGGCCUGCAGCUCAAGAAAGAAAAGAUGCUGGAGGCCUUGGGAGCCAAGUCCAGCAGCGACCGUGACUGCCACAACCCCCGGGGGCAGAAGAAAGUCAAGAGGAGGCAGGUCACAAAGAUGCUGUUUGUGCUGGUGGUGGUGUUCGGGAUCUGCUGGGCCCCAUUCCACACUGACCGCCUCGUCUGGAGCUUCAUCUCCACCUGGACCAGCCACAUGCUCCACAUGUUCCAGUACGUCCACAUCAUCUCAGGCAUCUUCUUCUACCUGAGCUCAGCUGCCAACCCCAUCCUCUACAACCUGAUGUCCACCCGCUUCCGGGAGAUGUUCAAGGAGGUGAUGUGCCACCCUGGCCACAGCCCGCCAUGGUCACGGAAAUACUCGCCCAGCGUCACCCACGCCACCACCCGCAGCACCGAGUGCGAGCCCAUGCCCAGUGCCAAUGGGCUGCCCUUCUCCGAUGCCGAGGAGUAUGAGCUGGAGGAGGUGGAGGGGGGCCAGGCCACCACCCACGCAACAUCCCUCUGCUGAAGAGUGGGAGGAUGCAGGGGGACUGGGACCAGCUUUCCUCACCACCAGCAUCCAGCUGACCGUGGCACCCAUCCCGUGAUGGGGAGUGGGGCAGGAGCGAUGGAGGGGUCCCCACCUGUCUGUGCUGUCCCGCUGGGAUGCAAAGGCUGGUUUUCUCAGCAGUGCUGCUCCAGGGACACGGUGGUGGUGGCCAUGCUGUCCCCUGGAUGCAUUGCACCCGCUGUGUUCAGCAUCAGGACUGGCCAAGGCUAGGGCAUCCCUCAUGGUGCGAGGAUGGCUGGCUUCUAUGUCAGGGAUGUGCCAGCAAUCCCCCAAAACAUCCCAUCCCUCCCGGCCCAGUAGGGUGAACCCAUGGGUGUGGGUGUUGAGCGUGUGAGGCACCCCAGGCUGUUUUGGGACUCCGUGCUGGAUGGGUGCCCUGAGAGGUGCUUGCACGCAGGCUGAGACCCACGGGGGUGGGAGAGGUU